AUGGAACGAUACUUUAAGAGAAGGUUCGCAUCAACUACUUCUAGUUCGGAUAAUGUGGGUAGUUCGAGUUCGAGAGAUGUGGAUAUUUCUAGAGAUGUGGAUAUUUCUAGAGAUGUGGAUAGUUCGAAAGAAAGUGAGUUGCAAGAUAUCUUAGCUAAUCUUAUUGCAGACCCUGGACUUCGACCUCAAAUGUUGGAUUAUGAUCCUAACAUUAGAGACGAAGUUCGAAGAGCAUAUCUACAAAAGGGUCCAUGUCAGCCCAAGGAUCACACAUUUCCACAAACUGAUCUUUCAGGGUAUGAUCGACGCUUUAAUGUCAAGUGGUUUGAUGAGUUUGACUGGUUGGAGUACAGUAUUAGUAAAGAUGCUGCAUUUUGCCUUUAUUGUUAUCUCUUCAAAUCCAAUUUCAGAAUUGGUCAAGGGUGUAGCGACGCCUUCACAGAGAUGGGUUUUAGGAAUUGGAAGAAGAAAGAUAAAAUUAGGCAACAUGUUGGACCUGUUGGAAGUGUUCAUAAUCAAUCUAGACAAUAUUGUGUGGAUCUUAUGAAUCAAAAGCAACACAUCCGAACAGCUUUGAUAAAGCAAUCAGAGCAAGCUCGUAUUGAUUAUCGUAUUUGCUUGACAGCUUCUCUUGAUUGUGUGAGAUUUUUAUUGAGGCAAGGUCUUCCUUUUCGUGGGCAUGAUGAGAGUGACACUUCAAGCAACAAGGGGAAUUAUUUAGAGCUCUUACAGUUUCUUGCUGAUCAUGAUGAGAAAGUGAAGGCCGUUGUGUUAGAAAAUGCUCCCAGGAAUCUCAAGUUAAUAGCUCCAACAAUUCAAAAAGAUCUUGUGAAUGCUUGUGCCACUGAAACUAUUAAGAAAAUCAUCAAGGAUAUGGAUGGUGCAUUCUUCUCUUUAUUAGUUGAUGAAUCACGUGAUGUGUCAGUAAAAGAACAGAUGGCGGUGGUGUUUCGUUAUGUGGACAAAAGUGGGGAUGUAAUUGAGAGGUUUGUGGGCAUUCAACAUGUUAGGGAUACUACAUCAAACUCACUCAAGGAGGCUAUUGACAUAUUGUUUGCAAGAGAGGAAUUGAGCAUUUCCAUGCUAAGAGGACAAGGAUAUGAUGGAGCUAGUAAUAUGAAGGGUGAGUUCAAUGGUCUUAAAACACAGAUUUUGAGAGAAAAUCCUUGUGCCUAUUAUAUUCAUUGUUUUGCACAUCAACUUCAAUUAGCUCUUGUGGCCGUGACAAAGGGAAAUGCUGAUAUUGCCACUUUCUUCACAUCUUGCAAUAGCUUGGUUAAUAUUGUUGGAGCAUCGUGCAAGCGUCGUGACAUUCUUAGAGAUCAACUACAAAAGGAUGUUACGGAAGCUCUAGAAAAAUAUACUUUUCCAACAGGGCGAGGCUUAAAUCAAGAAACUUGUCUCAAGCGUCCCGGUGAUACACGUUGGAACUCACAUUAUGGUACAUUACUUAGUAUCAUUUCCAUGUUUAAAUCUGUGGUGAAAGUGCUCAAAUUUAUUAUUGAGGAUGGCUCCACUGAUAAUCUAGGUGAAGCAAAUAGCUGGGCCUUUGAGUUGGGAGUCUUGAAGCUUUGGCGAUCUUCCAGUAGUUCCGACAUCGAAUUCCAAGCAGCCGAGAAUUCCAAGCGGCGGAAGAAUCUUCCAAGGAAGAAUUUGGAAAUUGCGGCUGGAGUCUUUGAAUUUGUUGCAAAUUGGGCUGAAGAGUUUUAG